UAUAUUGUUAUUUUUACGAAAAACAAUAGGCCGAGAUGAAUAUUGGUUAUUAUGGGAGAAAAUGACUUCAGCCAGUAUAGUUUGAUACCUCCCUUCCUUAAUAAGUUUGCCUACGUCAGGACAAUGGGGCGGUUUGUGUGCGCGCGCCUGUGUGCGCGCACUUGUAUUUCUGUCAAUGUGUGUGCGUCGGUGUCAAUGUAUGUGUGCUAUUGUGUGCGUGUGGGAGAGGGACAUCUUCACUGCGCAUGUGUAGACAGGGCGAGCUGCUGGUGCUGGUAGGGAACUGAGAGCGGAGACAACGAUCAGCGCGAGACACGGCUAGAGAGAUGGCGCGGCACCCGAGCGGAGCGCGAGGACUGACGGUUGGCGGAGGGGGGGCUUGAAUGAACCGAAUAAACAAAUAAACCAAAGAAAUCCAUCACACACGGACCGGGAUAUCGGACAUACAUUUUGAAAAUACAACUCAUCCGAGGAGAAUAUUUCAUUUACGGACACUACAAUUAUUAUUACAGGACGUUUUGACUGCAACAAAAAAAAGAAGAAGAAAAAAAAACACAACAAAAGGAAAUUGAAGUGAAAUUGACGGGCAGGACUUUUGGACCGGCGCACUGGGGCAGGUCAGAUAGAUGGUUCGUCCACAGCGCUGGCCGGAUCAUGAACGCCCAGCUGUCGAUGGAGAAUAUUGGCGAUCUGCACGGGAUAAGCCAUGAGUCUGUGUCCGGCCACGGGGAUCUGUUGAGCAACCACAGUCCUCACUCCCGCUCGGGCCACCGGGGUCUGAGCCACCGUGCCAUGGGUAUGGCCACCCUGCUUGACGGCGGAGACUAUCACCCCUCCCACGGACACCUGCACUCGGCGAUCAGCAUGUGCGAAGCCCCCCCUGGGAUGAGCAGCACCACCUACACCACCCUCACCCCUCUGCAGCCGCUGCCUCCCAUCUCCACCGUGUCCGACAAGUUCCCUCCGCACCAUCAUCAUCCGCAUCACCACCACCACCAUCCCCAUCACCCUCAUCCCCAUGCCCACCAGAGGAUCCCCGGGAAUGUCAGCGGGAGCUUCACUUUGAUGCGCGAGGACCGGGGUCUGGCCCCCAUGAACAGCCUGUACCCCUCGUACCACCACAAGGACCCAUGCAUGGGUCAGAGCCUCUCCCCGCUGUCUGGCUCCGGCCUGGCCAGCAUUCACACCUCCCAGGCGGGGAUCCCCCCCUAUGCCCACCCGGGGGCCGCCAUGCCCGGGGAGAAGAUGCUGACCCCGAGCGGCUUCGAGGCCCACCACCCCGCCAUGCUGGGCCGACACACGGAGCAGCACAUGAGCUCCUCGGCGGGCAUGGUGCAGAUCAACGGCCUCCAUCACCACCACCACCACCACCCGCACGCACACAUGGGCGCCCAGGGACACGGCCAGGGGGGGCUGAUGACCAGCCGGGAACAGGCGUCCGGAGGCGGCCAGCACGGUGGAGGCGGCGGAGGGGGCGGUGUGUCCGGGGGACAGAUGGAGGAGGUAAAUACCAAAGAGGUGGCGCAGAGGAUCACCACGGAGCUCAAGCGCUACAGCAUACCCCAGGCCAUCUUCGCACAGCGGGUCCUGUGUCGCUCCCAGGGCACGCUGUCGGACCUCCUGCGGAACCCCAAGCCCUGGUCCAAACUCAAGUCCGGCCGCGAGACGUUUCGUCGGAUGUGGAAGUGGCUGCAGGAGCCUGAGUUCCAACGGAUGAGCGCGCUCAGGCUCGCAGGUGAGCGAAGCCUCGCGUGCAAGCGAAAGGAGAUGGACCACGGAAGGAACGACCGCAACAGCAUGUCCAAAAAGCCGCGGCUGGUAUUUACGGACGUGCAGCGACGGACUCUCCACGCCAUCUUCAAGGAGAACAAGCGUCCUUCCAAAGAGCUGCAGGUGACCAUCGCCCAGCAGCUGGGUCUGGAACUGACCACCGUCAGUAACUUCUUCAUGAACGCACGCCGCCGGAGCCUGGACAAGUGGCUGGACGACGGCUCUGGCCACCCGCCGGGUAGCAACGGCUGCACCAAAGCCUGAAGACAGACUGACGGACCGACUCAUGGACGGACUGAACCUCGGUGAAAAAGCUUUAAAAUUUAAAGAAGAAACAAAGAAGAAAAAAAACUUUAAUGACUCUGAAGCAACGAUUUGCCCUUAAACAUGUGCUAUACUGAUAUUUAUAGUAUCCAAAGAUGAAAAACAAAACCAAAGACUACUUUUACUUGCUUUAAAAUGUUCGUUCUGCAACGCAUUUAUGUCUAACAUACUGCAAAAAACUUUAGAUCCCCCAUCCUUCUCACUGGUCUUACAGCUUUACCCCUAAUAUCGACCUAUCAUUCACCGCCCUUAUCUCUAAUCUGAUUGGUUGGGUUGAUGACGGGUCCUUGAAAGGAAGUGUAAUCAGCCUAUCGGCAGUGUGUUUCGCACUGUUGUCCACGCCCAUGAAGACAAACUGAAAGAGGAGCUCCAGAAGGAUUGACCAAUCAAUUUCAAGGGAAAGGAUCCUGCUGGGGCAACUGGAACGUUUGUGCAACAUUUUGGACUGGUGGACUUGUUUGUCUUUAUGUCUGUUUGUCUGUCUGUAGAACAGUAGAGCUUGAGAUCUUUCUACCAAGCGUUCCGAACAGUCAGGAAGUGAGGAGGGCGGGCUGCUAACCUGAAACCAAAACGAUCCCUGAAUCAAAUCUCCCCACCCCUCACUACUGUAGUGCUUUCUUCCGCGCUGAAAAGUUGACCCCAAAGAACCUAUAUCGCCUUGUAGCUCCAAAACUAGGCCCAUGCAUUUUAUAAACAUAAUCACGACAGAGUACGUUUUCAAGAUUACCAAAGAUGAUACAAAUUUCGAUUUUGUCACAUACUCUUACCUCACGUCUUCCCAUUGCCCCUAAAGAGAGACUGUUAUGUAGUCAGUUAGGAUCAUACACUAUAUCUCAUAGAGUGGGAAGUUGCUCUUCUACCAAAAAUAAAUGUGUUCAUUCCUUUUUGCCUUAUGCAUUAUUGCAUCAAACCAAAAAAAUAUACAGCCACAUCCUCAGAAUCAACUGGUUCCCCUUUAUAAUCAUGUGAAUAUAAUCUAGUUAAUAUUUCUACUACAAGCAUAUACAGAGCGCCAGCUAUCAAUAAACACCAAGCAGGUGUAGCAGUUAGAGCUACAUUCCUAUGCUGCUCAUAACACAAAGUAUAAACUGACGAUUCAAACAGAAGGCCAUUCAACAUUUUUGUGUAUUUAUUAAUAUAGCCAUUUAGAAAUGCUAUUUAAAUUAUUUAAUUGAGUGAUUAAGGUAAACCUUCUUAUUUAUUGAUAUUAAUCUGCAGUGGCUUAUAUGACUUCCCUUUGUGCUUCAUACAUAUUUGAUCCUAUGGUGCCAUCAAAGGCUCUAGAAAGGAGGAAUGAUAUUUAAAAUAAUCAAUGUACUGGCCUAUGCUUGGGCAGCCAUAUCAACCCUACAACCCAGCAACAACCCAUUCCCCCCCAACGCAAAAAGCCCAGACACCCUUCACCCAUUCCUCUGGCCAGCUAUGCAUUUCAGCAGCAGGGAGAAAGCAUUGCCAGGGUACGCGAACAUGAGGGCCAGGACAGCCUCCUGCCUCUGUACUCUCCCCCUUGGCCCGGGUUAGCAGCCCUCCUCCUAGAACAUCAACACGACCAAGGGAGGAUAAGGGAAAGUCAGAGCAGAUCUCUGAUCUCCUCACGACUCCAGGACCAAGGACACACAGAACACAAAGAAGACAAGACAAAGAAAUGAACAAGAUGUUUAGACCUGCCGGUGUUUUAUAGUGUGAACCAAAGAUGCUACCUCACUCAAGUUCCAUACGUGAUUUCUAUCACUUUGAUGAUACCAAAGAUAAACAGACGGUUCCUUCUCAGUGCACGGCCUCUACAAGUGAAGUUAGUAGAUGAUGUAAGCCCCCAUCCCCUUCCCCCAACCCCGCCCUCGCCUGUGCCCCCUCUCUCCGACCACCCACCACCCAUCUUUAUUUGCCACCCUCCCUCCCCUCAGUCAAGCCAUGGCGCCCUGCUAGGUCUGUCUUAUGUGGGCUCUGAUUACUAAUCCAUAGGAGUAUGUGCUGAUGUAGGUUUAGCUAUUGCCAGAUAUGCUGAUCCAGCCCGAGACACACAAACACACACACACUCACACACACACACACACACACACACACACACACACGGCCCACACAAGUGUCCCUGUGGUGUAGAACAUGCUGGCCAUGCUACCCUUUCUCUAUGCUUUACUUCAGCUGCACCAGCCUAUUGCGUGUUUAUUCUCCUCGAUUCUAAUCGAAAACGAUGAAGAUGUGAACUAUAAGGGAUAGGCUGGCAGGUGACCCAUUUCAUUUUGUAGACUUACAACUAUGAUGGAUAGGCUAUAGGUGGAACACUUCAAGCAGGAGGCAAACCCUAAACCCACAAAUGUUUUUAUAUUUUGAGGUGGAUAUGUUCCCCUGUGCACCCUGCUGAGUGCAGCAUCAAUAGAGUUCUCGAUUUUGGCGGGAGACAGCUGUCAGGCGUUGUAACACUACGACAGGUAGAACAACUGACAUCACGACAGAGCCCCAGUAGCUGAGCCCCGGCCAACAGCAGACAGGAUCCUGACACAAAGCAGUCAUGUUGCAAUCUUUCUGAAACUCCCAGGACGAGUGCCUUGCUUGAACCAAAGUGUUGAACCGCUGUUGACCUCUGACCCCUUGACUCAGAAUACCUCAGCCUGUAGGAAGGCCACCGUCGAAGAAGAAGAAACCAGGAGGAAGUUAUUUUCUCACUCACGUGGUGCUUUCCGCCAGCGCAACCAUGCAAUGACAACAUACCAAAGGAACAAAAAGCUGUUGUCCAUAGCUACAGACAAACCAAAGGUCCCCCUUUUUCUCUUAGUUCCUUUUUCCUCCGCCCUCCCCCCCGUCCCACUCCCGUCUCCGUCCGCCUGUGUGUAGUCCAGGCCCGGCACCCUGGCCCAGCAUGGCUCAAACCAAAUGUCUCGGAAUACCUCAUAGUAAUAAUGAUUUCUUUGGGUUCUGCAUCGAGACGUUAUCUAUCAUCUAUGAGUUAGGCAGGACUCCUCUAGUGUGGUACAUGUUAUCGUAGCUGUAUCAUUACCUGUUUUUAUUUGUUAUUUGGGUGGGAGCGCUCUGUUUCAAGUCACGGAUGACAAGUUUCAGGGCGGUUUUGAUGAAACUCGCCGGGUUGAGAGGAGGCGUACCUUUUAUCAGACAUUGGGUUAUGCCAAUAUUAUAAUGAAGAUAGACUAUUGUUUUUACAGGGUAAAACCAACUGCUGUGAUAAUGUGUUUAUAUUUUCCCUUUACUCUACUUCUGUGUUGUGAUUGGUCUUAAUUUAAUUGCAUUUUUGUAUCGGUUGACCUCUACUUUAAUUUAUGCAUUUGUAGAAACUAUAGAUUUGUAUAUAGUAGGUUUUUGGAAAAAAACAAACAAACAAAAAAAGUCUGUUUUAUGUUGCAGCCUUAUUUCCCAUGAUGCUUUGAUGUUCUGAAGAAGUCGUUUGUAUUCUUCUUCACCUAAAUGUUAGCCGGCACUUCAAUAUGUGUUUGAAACACUGCCAGAAAACCAAACAGUUGAUUUGCCAACGGAAACAAAGUUAUGUAGAACUUGCUUUGUUUGAGAGCUGGCAAAAAUCAGUAUGUGUGUUUUUUCUAUUCUUUUGACUCGGUUCUUUUAUGGGUAUUAAUGCACAUCCAAAGAUUUUCUAAAACAAACCAAAAAUAGGAAAAAAUGUAUAACGUUGAAAAAGCACUGGCAUUUGUGAGGUAGCAUUGUUGAUGAGUUUUGAUUUGCCAUUCGCACGGGUAUAGAAUGUAAAUGGUGUAGGCUCUGUUCACAAGCUGGGCUAGGCCUGUAGGGAAUCUCCUGUUCAAUUUACAAUCUGAGGCUUUUGAAUUCAGGGACUACAAGUCCUGCUCACUUUGCCAUCCCACACACAGACAUACGCACACACAGACACACACAGACAUACAGACACACACAAACAUAGACAGACAUGCACACACA